CCCUUUCAUUGAUCCAUGACCCCCUCAACCCCCCCAAAUCUCCGUGUCCCCCCAGUUCUCCACUCCCUGCGUUACCUGUACGUGGCAGUGUCAGAGCCCAGCCCGGGCAUCGCCCAGUUCAUGUCCACUGGGUACCUGGAUGGGAUCCCCUUCAUGCGCUACGACAGCGAGCGGGGCCGGAUGGAGCCGCUGACGCAGUGGAUAAAGGAUGGAGUCGAGCAGGAAUAUUGGGAGAAGCAGACCCAGAUCUGUGAGAAGAAUCAGCAUGUGGCUGCCAGGAACCUGGAUACACUGCAGGAGCGGUACAACCAGAGCGGGGAUUAUCCCAUUCCAGAGCCCCCUGAUGUCCAUGUGUCUGGAAAAGAGGAACACGGGACGCUGAUCCUGUCCUGCCACGCGUACGGAUUCUACCCCAGCACCAUCGCAGUCAGCUGGAUGAAGGGGGAUGAUACCUUGGAUCAGGGGCCGGAGUGGGGCGGGAUCGUUCCCAACAGCGACGGCACCUUCCACACCUGGGCCAGGAUCGAGGCGCUGCCGGAGGAGCGGGAGCUGUACCGGUGCAGGGUGGAUCAUCCUGGAAUGCUGGAGCCCGGGAUCUUCGCUUGGGAGCCGACAUCUGGCGGGAAUCUCACCGUGGUGGUCGCUGUGUCCGUCAUCGCUGCCAUCCUCAUCCUCACCGUCCUCAUCGGAUUCGCUGUCUGGAGGCUCCAGUCUGGGAGGAGGGACAGGAAUGGAUAAAACCCAGCAGCCG